CCUCUUCACAUUGCGACAUUCUUUUCUAAUUUAUAAAAUAUUACUUCAUUUCCCGAAUAACCAAUCAACACAUUUCAUCUUUUUGUCUCAUUGAUUAUCUCACUCCCUGCUCUGCUCUUAUACUUAUAAUGUCCCCACAAACUCAUCCUCCUCACUCCUUACUCUGAGCUAUUUUUGUUUAAGCUUGAAGUCAUGGAAAACAGUAGCUCUUUUUCUGAUCAGAAAUCAGAUUCAUUGGAGGCUGGAAAUGGCAGUGGAUUUAAAGUUCAUGUGUUCUCAUCAUCAUCUGAGUUGCUUGAAAAGCUGCAUGAGAAGUGGAGUUCAGUGAAAAAGCAACCAUAUCCAGCAAUGUAUUCCAGCACAUUUGGAGGAAUUAUUCUUGAUCCAGCCAUGAUGGUAAUUCCAAUUGAUGAUCACAUGGUUCAUCGGGGGCAUGGUGUGUUUGACACAGCUAUUAUAUUAAAUGGAUACCUCUAUGAGCUGGAUGCUCACUUGGACCGUUUCCUCAGAUCGGCUUCAAAUGCAAGGAUUUCGUCUCCCUUUCCUCGGUCAGCUCUUCGAAGCAUUAUUGUGCAGCUGAGUGCAGCAUCUCAGUGCAAGAAAGGAACUCUGAGGUACUGGUUAAGUGCUGGUCCUGGAGAUUUCUUGCUUUCACCUGCAGGAUGCCCAACAUCUGCAUUCUAUGCUGUAGUCAUAGAUGACGACUUUUCUCAGUGCAAAGAAGGGGUGAAAGUGGUGACAUCCACUGUCCCCAUGAAGGCACCUCAAUUUGCAACAAUGAAGAAUGUAAACUACCUCCCUAAUGUCCUUUCAAAGAUGGAAGCUGAGGAGAAGGGAGCAUUUGCUUCUAUUUGGGUUGAUGAGGAAGGUUAUAUUGCUGAAGGCCCAAAUGUAAAUGUUGCUUUUAUCAACCAUGAUAAGGAGCUUCUCUUGCCUUUGUUUGAUAAGAUCCUCAGUGGGUGCACUGCGAAAAGGCUUCUUGAACUUGCAUCCAAGUUGGUCGAGCAGGGACGUCUAAAAGAUGUGAGAAAUACAAAUUUAACUGUGGAGGAAGCAAAAGGUGCUGCUGAAAUGAUGUUUGUAGGAAGCACGCUACCUGUAUUGCCAAUCAUCAGUUGGGAUGAACAACCCAUUGGAGAUGGGAAAGUGGGAGAAUUAACAAUGGCACUCUCGGAUCUGCUUUGGGAUGAUAUGGUAGCUGGACCUGAAGUACAGAGGAUACCUGUUCCCUACGUGUAGUCAAACCCAAGUAAAUCAAAUUAUAGAGGCUGAACUGAGAGUGGUUUCAUCUUGUGCUCAUUAGUCUUCUUGUUGCAUGUUUUAGCAAAGGCAUUCUUCAUAUCUGCCUUUUAAAAAAGAAAAAAGUGUUUGUUUUCUGUAUAAAAUGUGAAGAAGUCUUGAAUAAAACACUGGAUUAGGCAUCUUUGCCUUCUUGGAAAUGACAAUGGGAAGCAAUUAUCAA